AAUCGUAGCGAUUCUACAAUUCAUUCUGCUUUAUAAUUUUCUCAUAUUACUUAUAUUUAAAUUAAGUUUAAAAUUUUGUACAUUUUUGUAUUGUUUUGCAUUGGCGCCAGACUAGUGGACUAGUGCACAAGUGCUGUGAAGUUGUCAUCGUAGCUGCGCUUUGACGGUUUAUUGUGAUUAAUUUUGCUGCUGACUGAAGGAAACCCAUUACAAUGAAAUUAUUUAUCUGCUUAGCCGCGCUGCUCGUGGCCACCGCCUACGCGGGCGAUACCACCGCCAAGAAAGCCACCGUCGAAGCUGCAGCUGCCAGCUCAGCUUCAGGCAAGAAAGUACCGCUCGAGAAGAAGCUCGACAAACGCGGUCUGCUCGAACUCGGCUAUGGCUACGGUCACUCCGGACUCGAUCUCGGCUACAUUGGCCAUGGUGGCAUUGAACAUGGUAAUGGUUAUGGACUUGUAUCCGGACCCGCUACAUCUUACGGACACACCGGCUAUGCGUCAGGCGGCUAUGUGUCGGGAGGCGGUGUCGCACAUCAUCCCUUCCUCAUAAGCAAGACAGCCGAUGUACACAAAACCAUCACCAUCACCAAGGGCGUGCCAGUGCCGGUGACUGUUGAUCGUCCCUACCCGGUGGUGCAUGAGAAGCGUGUUCCCGUUGAAGUUAAAGUUCCGGUACCACAGCCCUACGAAGUGAUACGCAAGGUGCCCGUUUCGGUCAAGGAGUAUGUCAAGGUGCCAAUACAUGUGCCACAGCCCUACACCGUCGAGAAGCGUGUCGAGGUUAAGGUGCCCGUACCAGUCGAUCGUCCCUACCCAGUGAAGGUGCCAGUGCCACAGCCCUACGAAGUGAUCAAGCACGUACAAGUGCCCGUCAAAGUGCCCGUACCACAACCUUAUGAAGUUAUCAAGCACGUUCAAGUGCCCGUCAAAGUGCAAGUGCCAGUACCACAGCCCUACGAGGUCAUCCGUCAUGUACAAGUACCCGUACAUGUGCCAGUCGAUCGUCCCGUGCAAGUCACUAUACCCAAACCUUAUCCAGUGGCCGUAGAGAAACCCUACCCAGUUGUGGUAGAGAAACAGGUCAAAGUGGAGGUACCAGUGCGCGUCGACAGACCCUACCCAGUGCCAGUGGAUCGUCCUUAUCAUGUCAAGGUGCCCGUGUCAGUGCCACAGCCCUACACCGUCGAGAAACACGUGCCCUACACAGUCGAUCGCCCAGUGCCAGUGCCUGUCAAGGUGGCUAUCGAUCGUCCCUACCCAGUUCAUGUGACACGCCCAGUGCCAGUGCAUGUUGAAAGACCCGUUGCUGUGCACGUACCCGUACCAGUGGUAGCCGGACAUUCGGUGGUCGAACAUGGAAUCAGCGGUGGUGGCUAUGAUGGCGGCUAUGGACAUGAUGGCGGUUAUGGGCAUGGUGGCUUCUCAUCCAGCGGCUACGAUUUCUCGUCCAGCGGACACGGCUACGCACAUAAAAAGAAGUAAGCCAUUGGACGUUGGGAUACAGCGCGCGGCUACUUCUACGAUUACUGUGUAUAUGAUUUCAGCAACGAGGGCGGAAUGAAUUUUAGUUUUAAUUAUGAAAUUAUAAGGAGGAAGUUGUGGCAAAAGCGACUUCGAAAAUUUAGUGAGAAAGAAAAAACAUAAAAACGAGUAGAAAAUUUUAGAUUUUCGCAAAGGAACGAACAAAUUGGAAAUUGAGGAAUCUUAAUGACAAAGGCUAAGGCACAGAGAUGGCGCAUAAUGUAUUUUAAAAUACCGAGACCGAUUUCGCUGUGGCGGAAAAGUAGUAGAAGGAAGUAGUGCUAAGUGACUACCUAAAAGUAAACGAAAAUUAAAUUCAAUUAAAGUCACUUGCGCUUAGAGAAAAAAGUUCGCAACAACACUAAAAUAAUCUCAUUUCUGGCCAUAUAAAUUUUCAAGAGUAUUUUAGAUGUAAAAAUUUUUCUUGCUCCCUCAAAUUCAAAUUUUCUUCCUCGGCGAAAAUCGCUCUUUGGCUGCUGUGUAUGUAAACCCUGCCACUUAUUUAGUUUUAAGUAUUUACAACUUAUGUAAAUUAUUUAGCAAAAAACAAAGAUGGCUUCUUGUCUAGGACAACACUCAACUAGCUGCUUAUAUUUAAAGAAAUCCACUCUUAAUAAUAUAAAUGGUUUAGUUGUGUCUUUGAGUUGUCAGUAGACUCCCCCAAAACCCAAUUAGAACUGAAAGAUAAUGAAUUUUUUUGCAGUGUGUACACUUUAAGGGGAGAAAGCUCAAACGCUUGUGAUAAAUCAUGAGUAGUGAAAAGCACUUCAAAAGCCCU